AUGUGCCCUGCUCUCAGAAGGCGCCACAGGCAAUGCAGUCAAUAUCCAUGUGCUGCAGCGGAGGUCGAAACAGAUGUAAUUUGGUCAGCAGUGGGAUACCGCUGCACAUGCUGCAGCUUGCCACCACGUCCGCUGGAUGAUCAGCAGAGAGAUGUCCUUGCCUGCAGUCAGUUCAAGCCACGCAGGCGCAAGCGCAGGCACUCCGGCUGUGAAGUCCUUCAAGGAACCUGGGCACUGGAGCCUUCCUUCUCAAGCAUUGCUCAGCAGUUCAUGCACCGGUUGACGUUCAUUGGAGACAGGUGUAUUGAUGCCUUAGGGCAAAGAUGGAAGAUUACAGACGAUGGCGGCACGUUGUACCUGAUCAAAGGGCGCAUUUGGGUAAGUGGCGGAGUGCUGUUUCGAGAGGGCAAAUCAGGGAUCGUUAUGCGCUUUCAACGAGAAGAGGAGUAUCAAGUGUUGAGAGAUGUGCCGUGCCAGUUCCAGGUUUGGAUAACCACUAGGGUCAUUGGAGUUCUGUUUCUGCCAGUGCGUUAA